AUGCAAGUCGAGGAUUUAAAAUUACCCCUGUGGUGGUCGUUAUCGACUUGUAAGAGGGAAGUUAACAUUUGUCUGUGUCGCGGGUCAAGCGGAUCCGUCUUUCGUAGCCAAAAUCCCGUUGUAAAUGAUAGGGACCUCGGCAAUGUUGCAGACUCGUCGGGGACGGUCGGCGCAUGUGCGCGCUUUCCCACAUGUCUGGCCGUUGGCGGGCAGGGUGACACGCCAAACUACAUCGCCAAGCAAAUAAUAGUUGGCUUCGUGAAUCCUCGCAUUUGUUCCCGCUCAAGCGAGCCUCGGAGUUCUUGCGGCUGA